AUGGCGGCUUCUCAGAAGAGUCACUUCCGGCAGCUACAAAAAUUCAAACCGGACUACUCUGUCAAUGAAUUUACACAGUAUGAAUCCGAAAGAACGGGCAUGAGGGUCGUGACCGUUGAUCACAAAGGACCCAAGGUAGCUGGAUAUUUCGUCCUUGCGACCGAGAUUCAUGACGACUCUGGUUCUCCACAUACUCUAGAACACCUAUGCUUUAUGGGCUCUCGAAACUACCGCUAUAAAGGAUUCCUUGACAAACUGGCUACAAGGUUCUACUCCAAUACCAAUGCCUGGACUGCUACGGAUCACACCGCGUACACACUUGACACAGCCGGAUGGGCUGGAUUUUCCGAGAUCCUUCCGGUAUACCUUGAACAUGUCAUUGCUCCAACAUUGACCGAUGCGGGGUGCUACACAGAAGUACACCACAUUGAUGGAACAGGAAAUGAUGCAGGUGUCGUGUAUUCGGAAAUGCAAGCCAUUCAGAACAACCAAGGCGAGUUGAUCGAUCUUCAAGCCCGGCGUCUAAUCUAUCCUGAAGGUGUUGGCUUCCGAUACGAAACUGGUGGCAUGAUGGAACAACUACGGUCACUCACCGCUGAUAGGAUACGUGCUUUUCACCGCGAGAUGUACCAGCCCAAAAACCUUUGUCUGAUCAUCACAGGAGAGGUUGAUCAUGAUGAUUUAUUGAAGAAACUAGAUGCAUUCGAGGAUACAAUUCUGGAUAUCAUCCCUCGACCAGAUGCCCCAUUCAAACGCCCUUGGAUUGAAUCCGAAAGGACGCCACCGAUCAAAGAAUCGAUCGUCAAGGAAGUAGAAUUUCCCGAGGAAGAUGAAUCAUCCGGAGAGAUAGAAAUUAGAUUCCUGGGUCCAGAUUGCACAGACUCGAUUCAAGGUGGCGCACUGAACGUGGUGCUCUUAUAUCUUGCUGGCUCAUCGGCUACGAUUCUUGAAAACACGCUGGUCGAGAAGGAACAGGUUGCAAGUGCCGUCUACUUCUCUACAGAAGAUAGGCCUGAUAUUGAGAUCAAAUUUACUUUGACCAGCGUAGCGACAGAGAAACUCCAGCAAGUCGAAAAGAGGUUCUUCGAGAUCUUGCAUGAAGCCAUGGACCGACCUUUGGAUAUGAACUACAUAUCUGAAUGUAUCCAACGUCAGAAGCGUAGCUGGAAGUUUUCAACAGAAGGCUCUGCGAUAUCUUUUGCCGAAUAUGUCAUCUCCGAUUUCUUGUAUGGCAGGAAAGAUGGAUCGACAUUGCUAGACAUUGCAAGCUUAAAAGAGUACGAGGCAUUGGAAAAUUGGACUGAAGAUCAAUGGAAGGCAUUUAUCAAAAAAUGGAUAGCCGACGCUAAGCAUGUAUCUAUUUUGGGUAUUCCAUCAGCGAAGCUUGCCAAAAAGCUAAAAGCCGAUGAAAAAGCAAGACUGGCAGCACGACGAAAGCAACUCGGGGAAAAGGGGCUUAAGGAACUGCAAGAAAAAUUGGACUCUGCAAUGGCAGAAAAUGACAAGCCAAUCCCAACGGACCUAUUGAAGAGUUUUAAAGUGCCGGCGACUGAUUCGAUUCACUUUGUCACGACAACAACAGCGAAGUCUGGAUCUGCGCUACGAUCUGGCCGACCGGAUAAUGAACUGCAAUCGCUCAUUGACGCUGAUAAUAUGGACUCUCCUCUUUUCAUCCAUUUCGAACAUAUUGAAAGCAAUUUUGUUCAGCUUUCUCUUCUUAUUUCCGCAGAGACAGUACCGGUUCAGCUCCGUCCUUUGUUGGCCGUAUAUACCGACGCAUAUUUCAAUAGCCCUAUCCAGCGAAAUGGAGAGACAAUAUCGUUUGAACAGGUCAUUGUUGAGCUUGAAAGAGACACGGUUGGAUAUUCUAUGGAAGGGGCACGAGACUUGGGUAAUGCGGAGAUGCUUCGUGUUAUCUUUCAGGUUGAGGUAGAAAAGUAUGCUACGGCAAUUGCAUGGCUCAAAGAGCUCACAUGGAACUCUAUAUUCGAUGUGGAAAGGCUGAAAGCUAUUACGACGCGACUACUUGCAGAUGUUCCAGAUGCAAAGCGAAGCGGUGAUGACAUGCUAGCUGCAGUAUUUUUCAUGACUCAUUUUGCACCUGAAUCUAUCGUUCGAGCACGCAGCACGCUGGUGAAAGCUCGUUACCUGAAACGCAUAAAGAAGCUUUUGCUAGCCCAACCCGAGACUGUCAUCUCACAGAUGGAGGAGCUUCGAAAAUGCAUGUUUCAAUUCUCAAAUUUCAGGGUCCUUGUCAUCGCCGAUCUGAAGAAAUUACAUGCACCGGUAUCUUCAUGGAAACAUUUCGUUGAGGGGCUUGACACCAAGGAGGAUCUUCGAUCGAUCACUAACAGGCGAGCUCUACUUAGCGAGGCCGGAAAGAGUCUAGGAAAUCUAUCUUACGUCGUUCCCAUGUCAACGAUCGAUUCUUCAUUCGCCUACGCUACUGCUAAAGGCCUUGACUCGCACGAUCAUCCAAGUCUACCAGCAUUAUUGGUCGCCAUUGCAUAUAUGAAUGCCGUUGAAGGCCCGCUGUGGGUAGCUGUUCGUGGCACCGGGCUUGCGUACGGCACCAAUUUCGGGUAUAAUAUCGACCUUGGGACGGUAAACUUUGAUGUUUAUCGCUCUCCUAAUGCCUACAAAGCGUUUGAAUCUAGCAAGAAGAUCGUCGAAGAAUACCUCAACGGUUUCGUCGAGUUUGAUCCCCUAAUGUUGGAGGGUGCAAUCAGCAGUAUCGUGGUCAGUUUUGCAAAUGAGCAGGCAACUAUGGCAAGCGCUGCUUCAGGAAGUUUUAUUCGCCAAGUGGUUCGCCUUCUACCGAGCGACUACAAGGAAAAGAUCCUGAAGAAAGUCAGAGAAAUUCCUGUCGAAGAUAUCAAGCAGGCAUUAAAAGAACAUAUCUUGCCCCUUUUCAAGCCAGAAACUUCGAGUCUCGUUGUGACAUGUGCACCAGUGAUGGAAGAGUCAAUCAAGAAUGGAUUCGAAUCUGCAGGCUUCAAGCCCACGGUGAAGCCUCUGAAGGACUUUGAAGAUGACUAUGGCCUCAAGGUUGAGGGUGGCGACGAUGACGAAGAAGAUGAAGAUGAAGAUGAAGAUGGCGAUGAGGAUGACGAUGAAGAUGACGAAGAUGACGACGACGAUGAAGAAGAGGACGAAUGA